AUGAGCAGCACGAACUCAACAUGGCAGACUGCAUGGGACAGUGCUCAAUCCAGCCUGAACUCGAUACGUGACUUGCUGCACUCUGAACCCUCACCCGAGCCCCGCAUCAUCCGUGUCGGCCAGCUCGAUGCGGAGUUACUCGACGCAGAACUCGUGAACCUACUUCAAGAACCACUCAAUAAAGCACUCGCACUGAUUAAUGCUGCACUUAAAGCUCGCUUUGAGCCCGAGCUUAGCCUCAUAAUCCAGCUCACUCUCUAUAAGCUCUCCGUGUGGGACACGGGUGCGAGUUAUGGUGCCAAACUUCAGGGACUCAAAUAUGCUCCCCACCAUGCUCGCUCACACCCUUCGUCUUUAGGAUCCCGUCUCCCUCGUCGACUGCUGCUACUUCACGGCACGCUAACGAUUCUCAUUCCUUACGUCCAUAAUCGAAUACGUGACCGUGCACUCUCCCAUGCAUGGCCUGACACACCAUCUUCCGAUCCACGUCGGAAAGCUUGGGACUUUUUGACUCGAUUGGAAGCAACGCACGCACUCCUCGGUCUAGGAAACUUCAUUGCCUUCCUAUGGAACGGUCGAUAUCGUACACUCUCAGACAGGCUGCUUCAUAUGUCACUUGAGCCUGCCCAGAGCCUCACCAGGAGAGAAGUCAGCUAUGAGUUCAUGAAUCGCCAAAUGGUGUGGCAUGCAUUCACUGAAUUCCUCUUAUUCCUCUUGCCCUUAGUCAACCGCCGAGCACUACAGAAGCGCUGGAGCCGCUUAAAGUCAACUCUUAAGAACGGCGCUUCGUCUCUCAUGCCUUCAUCUAUCAUGCCUUCCUCAUCACAAGGUAGACAAGUCCUUAUGAAAGGCAAGUUCCAUGCGCUCUCGCCGGAAGAGUGUGCCAUAUGCGCGGAGAAUGCGUCCUUCAACCUCAAUCUAUCCGAUUCUGCCAAUGCCCUCACCGCAUAUCUUCCCCAAACACAACCGCAGGUGACUGAAGAAGACGAAGAAGCCGAAGAGUCACCUCCUCAGUUCCCGAUCUACACGCCGUAUGUGACGUCGUGCGGUCAUACCUACUGUUAUCAUUGUAUUGCCGAACGGAUGAUGCGAGCCGUGGACGACGGGGAUGAUGAAUUCUGGGAGUGCCUACGGUGCAUGGAGCCUGUGCGUAGCGCAGAUCGUGUUGAAGGUGAAGUCAGCAUCGACAGACCGCUUACCCCUGAUUCGGACUACGAGUUCAGCGAUAUGACGGACAUGGACGACGGAAGUAUAGGGAGCUAUAGCUACACAGGGUCGUCCGAUCAUGAGUAGGCCUGCCUGCACAUCAUCGCGGUCGUGUUGACUUGUCACGAUAUAAAAUAGGUAUAAAUAUUAUAACUUAGAUCGC